AACCCUAACCCUCUCUCUCUCCACUUUCUCGCUCCUAGGGUUUCGUUUCUUCCCGCUGUCAAACAAUAUGCAGGACCCUCUAAGCAUGUCCCUGGACGACCUCAUCAAGACCAGCAAGAAAUCGGGAUCCGGUAACGCCCGAGGCCGCGGCGGCCGGGGGACCUCCGGACCCGGACCCGCCCGCCGCUUGCCGAAUCGCGGUGCCAAUCGUACGACGCCGUACCCGGCUGCGGCCAAGGCGCCGGAGGCUGCGUGGCAACACGACAUGUAUGGGGAUCUUGGUGCGGCGGCGUACGCGGCUCCAGCCGGAAGAGCAUCGGCUAUCGAAACCGGAACCAAGCUCUACAUCUCCAAUCUCGAUUAUGGCGUUUCCAAUGAGGACAUUAAGGAAUUGUUUUCUGAGGUUGGUGACCUGAAACGUUAUGGAGUACAUUAUGACAGAAGUGGGAGAUCAAAGGGAACUGCAGAUGUAGUUUUCUCACGACGAACGGAUGCUGCAGCGGCUGUUAAAAGAUACAACAAUGUUCAGCUUGAUGGGAAGCCGAUGAAGAUUGAGAUUGUAGGAACGAACAUUGGGACACCUGGAGCCCCACCUGCUUUCCCCCCUGCUGCAAAUGGAAAUUUUGGAAAUCGGAAUGGACCACCCAUGGGGGGACAAAGUAGGGGUGGUGCAUUUGGACGUAUACGCGGUGGCGGUGGCGGCGGCGGUGGCGGGCGUGGUGGCCGUGGUCCUAGAAGGGGCGGUGGUGGACGUGGAAGUGGAAGAGGCCGUGGUGAAAAGGACCAAAAGGUUUCUGCUGAAGAUCUUGAUGCCGAGCUAGAGAAGUACCAUGCAGCAGCAGAAUCAAUGCAAGAGUAAAGUGAAAUCAGCUGUAUGAAGUGUCGGCUUUAUUACAUCUUUUAUGGCUCACUGGUGCUUGGUGAUUUUCUGUAUUUCUAUCAAAACCCAAUUUCCUUGAGAGAUAAAUCAUGCGUAGGAAGAACUUUUAGAAUCUUGCUUAUGUAGUUUGGGCACUUAUUAUGUUUGUUUAGACAUGGGUAUGAGAUAUGUGGGUUAAUGGACAGUUUCAGUACUUUGAACUGAA